AUCGGACAUUUCGAUUUCAUAGAAACAAAUCAAAACUUACUUCUAAUUUGUCAAAGCUGUUGAUAACCAUUUGAAAAAUGAAAAUCUAUUAAAAAAUGGUGGAUUUUGAUUAUAAUAAUAUAUUUUCUAAUUUAAAAAAAAAAUCAACUACUUAAAAGUUAAAACUUAAAGUUUAUUAAUUUUUAAAAUUAUUAUUUAAAUUAAUGGUUUAAAAACGCUUCAACUUAAUAAUUAAUUAAAUAUGGGGUUCGGCACAAAAUGUCUUGUUGUCACCAUCCUUGCCUGGCUGCUGUACAAAUUUCUUUUUUUCGAUUCGAAGGAGAUCAACUAUAGAGAGUUGUUAGAAAACAAAAACGUCAUCAUAACCGGUGCAUCAUCAGGGAUUGGAGAGGAGGCUGCCUAUUUUUGUGCCCUGAAUGGGGCUAAUGUUGUAGUUGUGGCUCGUAGAGAAGUACUUCUUCAACAGGCUGUUUUCAGAAUGCAUAACCUUUCACCGCAUUCCACUGCCAAGUUCAAGUACAUAACUGCUGAUUUUAGUGAUCCAAAAAUUAGUGAACAUGUCAUAAAAGAUGCGGAAGAGUUCCUAGGUUCUUUGGACUACGUACUAAUAAACCAUGCUUUCUUGCCAGUAACUGUCGAUCAUAUGCAGAGGUGGGUUGGUUCGGAAGAACAACACCGACAACUCAACUACGCGAUGAACACUAACUUCCAUUCUUUUGUUACGCUGGCUGAUCACGCUGUUCCACGACUUAACCAAACCAAUGGAGGGCUGCUCGUCGUCUCUUCUGUUAUUGUUGAAACUCCGGCAUUCAGCCUGCCGUAUGCAAGCAGCAAGGGAGCGGUGAACACGUUCUUCACAGGACUCAGACAGGAGUUCAUCAAAGACAACCUGAAUGUAUCACUCACACUUGUACAUCUGGGAUUCGUCGAAACUGAAACGUCGUUGCAGACGUUGAAAGUUCUCUCGGGCGUUCUGAAGACGGAUUUGGCCUCCUUCGUUACGGAAUUUCCUCAGGCGUCACCGAAAGAAACUGGCAAAGCCAUUGUGACCGCCAUGCUGAAGCGUGAGCCCUACUUCUACUUCCCCAAUCCAGCUCAGAUACGCUUCUUCCGCGUCGUUCGCACGUUGGUCAAGGAUCCGGAUUACAUUAUGAACGCCAUUAUUAAUAAUGCUGUCAAGUUUUUUCAGUGGAAGAAAAAAUACUUGUGGUGAUGAUGGCUGGGUUCUAAAGGAAUGCGCUAUAUAAAUGAGUUUUUUUUUAUAAAUAGUCUCUUUUACAAUGAUGAACUAGUGACAAUUUCUGUUGCAAUUGCAUUGAUUUUUACUUAAUUUAUAGUUAUUUAUUAGUGGAUUAGUUGGUCUUGAAAGGACUCAAUUCAUACCAUAUAACAAGAACAGAUCAUGAUUACUAUCAUUUUUACUGAACAAUAAAUGAUUUAAGAAUCUAAGUUUCACCGAAGUUUCUUAUUUUAGGCAGUUUAUAUAGCCUUCCUAUUUGAAGUUCAAUCAAAAAA